UUCAUUUUGUAUUCUUUCAGUGACUUCACAAGGAUAUUUAACAGAAGAUGGAUAACAUCACAAAGUGUUCAGAUAAAACAGACAUUAAUAAAAUAAUGAGUAAAGUUUUAAAAGGAACACAGACUUUUUUAGAAGUAAUUGGAGAGGUAGUCCCUUUUUGUUCAGUAGCAGCAAAAAUAAUAAAGGAAAUUCAAAAUAAUUCUGAACGACAAGAUAUAGGAGACUUUACAAAUCAGGUUUUACAAAUUGGUGAAAAGUUGGAUGACAUUAUAAACAAUUGUUCACAAAUCAACAAUGAGAUUGAGAAACUUGGAAUGGAUGUGAAAUUUUCUAAGAUCGAGGAAGCCAUUAAAACACAAUAUAAAUAUUAUACAGAAAUUUUAAAUGAAGUACCAGAGUUGAGAGUUAAAAAAACUGAAGACUUUUGUGACCACUACCUUAGAACUAAAGGAGAAAGCAGUCUCAAUGAGCUCUAUGAUGGUGUGAUGGGAAAUGAAGAAAUAGACAUCCUGGAAAUAGUAAAAAAUUACCAGAGUAGAGAUCGUCGUGUCAUGGAAGAGUUCUGUGCUCAUCUCGGCUACCUUUUCCUCAUUGGAAUAAGUGCAUUGAGGGCAUAUGCUUCACUGAAAGGUUUAGAUGUAUCAAAGAGAGAGAAGGAGUGGACAGAGAAGAUGGCAGCCAUAAAAAGUCAAAUGACAUCUGCCAUAGAAUAUUGCAUAAAAAAUUUUGAAGACCAGGCAAAAACUGACUUACAGAAGUUUACUAAAAACAGCUAUCAUGAAUUAUUGGUGGACAGAAUUUUUUGUUUCUUAGAGAAAAAAUACUACUGGGUGCAAUGGUCAGUAAAAGCAUACAGGCAGCCUAAAACAUGGUUUCCAGCCUUCACACGAGAUACCAAUGAGUAUACCAUUGGGGAGAGGCACUUUACACUAUCUGAAGCUGAUAAUCUCAAGAUUGUUGUGUCUUAUUGUGCAGAACGACAGAAAAUUGAUCAGGAGCAAAUUCAGCAAACAUUUACAGACAUAGUACAGAAAGGUAAAAUAAAAGAUGUGGCAGAAGCUAUUUAUGAGAAAAUACCAAACAGUUUUGUUCAUGUGAUUAAAUCAAGCAACAACAUUACAGAAAAAAAUAACUUUUCCGAUCUUUGCUAUUAUUGUAUACAAAACAAAAACUGCCACCUAUUUGUGCAUUGUUAGUGUGGUUCUUUGCAUAUACUGUAUGAAGAUUUGCCUAUCAAAGAAAGAAGUCUAAUUUCUUGAUGAAUCAAGAUAAAACAGAGCAUUAAGAUGUUUAUGAGUAAAAUGUGUAAAAUUUCUACUACUGAUCAUACCUGUAAUAUUGUUAUCAGAUAUUAAAAAUGACAAUAGAAGCACAAAAUAAUACUUUAGAGCCCGCUGUUGAUAAUAAAAUGUGCUCUUAUUGUGUGUGCACCUCUAGCAGAGAGAGAAAACUAUAUGAACAGUUUUAAACACAUUGAAAGUAUGUUUUUCUUUCACCUGAUUAUGGUGAAUGUUCGCAUAACUAUGAUUUAAGUUAAUUACCAGUAAGUAGGUGGGGAGUUGUUAUUAUUUCUCUUUAUAAUAUAAGAGCAUUUGUAUGACUUGUAGAAAAGGUAGCAUGACAUUACAAAACAGUCAAGUGGCAAAAUAUUAAAAAAAAGAGAUGUUAGCUGUAAUAAAUAUAGAAAGAGGUUUGCUUUUCAGAAACAUGCAUUUUAGUUAUUGAUAGUCAAAAUCUCAUUGCUAUUACCACUUUUGUUUUUAUACAAUUUUGCUUAGCAAACCACUUGAAUUUUGAAUAAUUUUCCUGAUGAGUGAAAAAUACUAAGCUGCAUGAAGCAGGCCACCCAUCCACAGUCUCCAUCUCCUCCUGUGAAAUUGCCAGGCAUGGAAGUGAAAGAUACAAUCUCUCCAGUGUGUCCUCAGACUUCUGCAGGUGUUCUCCUGGGGGGGACUUUAACUAAACACACAAAACAUAUGAAUUUGCUCCUAUUUACAUAUUAAGCUGACAUUUCUUUUUAAUCAUUACAAAAAAAAAUCCAAGAAAACAUUUUGUGAAGCCUUUAAAUAUAAUUAACUUGAAUAACUACUUCAGAAUAAAUGCCCAAAGCACAAUGGAAAAUACUUCUAAACAAUUCAUCUAGUUUGUCACUUUCUCGUUCAUCUAAUAUAAAAAAUAAUAAGCUUUUAAUGUGGUUUAAGCCACUUUAAAAGCAUGUGGAGAAAGUUGUUGGAUGAAUACAUUUUUAGAAGAGAAAUUGAGCUACUGAAUAAUGAUGGCAUUUGGCAACAAUUUAGCACUAAUUUGAAAAGUGAUCAUAAAUGUGAAUAAAAUGUGCAAAGAUCCCAUGCAAAUGUAAAAUCCAGUUGUGUAUUCCCAAGUUAAUGGCACAAUUUUAACUUGAAACUGAUUGAUAUGAAUAUUAUACACAAAAGUAGAAAGAGCUGAGAGUCAGAGAAUGAUAAAACACAUAAAAAAUUGUAAGCUCCAUCUACUGGAUGAAGAUGGGAUCUUAGUAUGCACUUUACUGUAUACACACUUGGAGAGAAAAGAUUUUCAACACAUGCUGUCACUGGCUUUGUACAAUGACAGCAUGUCAUUUUAUUUGCGGUCAGAGAUAAAAGGCUGAUGAUUUUAUUGUUUUAUAUUGGGAUUUUUGUGGGAUGAAUACUUUAUGGAAGGCUUUCAUGUAAAGCAAUGGGGUAAAUCAUUUAAAUUUGUAUUAAUGCAAUUAAUAAGAGAUAAGACACAGCAAAACAAGUAACAAUAUUUAUUAAGUAGUGUACUCUGAUUCAAUGUAAGUAUUAAUAUAAACCCCAGACCUCUCUAUAUUAGCAAAGGAGCAAGCUACUUCUAUCCUGUGCUCCCUUUGCACAAACUCUUGCUCGGGUAUACAUAUCAUUUAUUCUUUCAUCCAUCAAUUUUCUUGUCCCACUUAAUCUACUUCAUUAGUAGGUGAUAGUGAAAUCCAGGAAACCAAACGACACAGAACGUUGGAGAAAAGCAGAAGAUGGGAUCUUAGUAAGCAGUUUACACAAACAUGGAGAGAAAAAAAUGUCUAUACAUGCUGAUAUAUAUAUAUAUAUAUAUAUUUAUUGCUUUUUAAUUCAUUAUCAUCGGGAAAGUAGUAUAAUGCAAUCGGAUCCUGGACUACCAGACUGAGAAGCUCAAAUUUAUUUAUUUAUUUGUUCAUCCUCCCUUCCUUGACUCAGAACUGCCAGACACACCCUUCUGUUCCCCUAUGGAUAGCUAACACACACAAAUUCAUGCAAAAAUUCACAAGUAAAUUUAAGUAAAUAAAAUAAAUGUAACUAAGUACCCUUUACUGAUUAUAUUAUCUCUGGGAAUUACAUCAUAAUCAUUGCAAACUAUUUUUAGUAAAUACUGUAUAUAUGAUAUUUUUAUACUGUAUAUAAUGAGUUAGGCUACUUUAUUAUACAUAAUGUUAGUUACACAUUAUAAAUAUCAAACAUGCUGCUCUUUUAAUAACCAUAUUAUUGUAAUCUCUGUGUAAUUGUUUGUAAUGCUUAUAUCUAUUUCUAUGUCUGUUUUUACAU